AUGGUGGAAAAUCAAAAUCAGUCAAUCAAUUUAUCGGAUCGACAAAUUUGUAUUGCUCAUGGUUUAUUAUCGACUCUUGUCAAUUUGAUCGGUUUAAUUCGUGAACAAAAACCUUUUUCAAAACAAUUAGUACCAGAGAAAACCUUUAAAAUCGCUUGUCGUCUACUUCAAACAUUAUGUUCAUCAAAUAUUACUGCUUAUAUUUAUAUGUUAUUAUCCAAUAAAAUCUCUGUACUUGUGGAUUGUUUAGUGAUACGAUUUACAAUAUCUGUUGCAAAUAAUCGACUGUUUAAUCACUGUAAUCCACCUUCAACAACAACCGCCACAACCACCAGCACAACACCAUUGAUGAAUACAACCGAUCAGAAUUUACCAGCAUCAUCAUCAUCAUCAUCAACAGCAUUCAUUGAACAACAAUUCAAUCAAGAUUCAAUAUUUUUCCAUUAUUUAUCUAAUCAUUCUUGUACAUUGGACAUAUUGAAUUGUUUAACUGAUCUAUUAAAUGGUUUAUAUGAAUUGAAUUAUUAUUCCACUGAAUUCCAUGGUACUAUACAUCAUCAUCGUCGUAUUAGUAGUAGCAGUAGUUUAUCAAUUGGAACAAAUGGAUUUGCUACAACUACACCAACACCACCCUCCUCAUCGACAACAUCGUUAACUUCAUUGAUUACAACAGCAACAACAACAACCACAACAACUGCGACGACAACAACGACUAUGUUUGAUGCUGAGGCUGAUGAUGAUGUGGAUGAUGGGCGUGAACAUCAACGUGUUCGUAUUGAUUCACAACGAAUUCAAGAUUUAAUCAGUUAUAUUGUAAGUAGCGGUCUAGUUGAUUUAAUCUCAAGUAAAUUAUCCAAUCCGAAACAAGCUCAUUGGUUGUCAUUAGUGACAGUAAACAGUGCUAAUUCUAACCAGAAUAACGAGAAUACUAAUAAUACCGAUAUUGUUGCUUCAUCGGAUUCAAUGUCAAAACAAUCUAUUGAUUAUUGUCAACAAUUUGUAUUGAAUAGUAUUGGAUUUUUAACCAGUCUUACACGUUUACUCGGUGUUUUAUCAAUGAGACAACAAGAACAAUCGGGUGAACAUCAUAGUCAUGUGACAACUGUUGAACAGCAUCAUCAACAACAAAAACGUCAAGAAAUUUCCAGUGGAACUGUAACAUCCAGUUGUUCUUCACUGUCGAAAUCAUUUAUUGUCAUUGAUCCAGCGGUGGGGUCAGUAGAUGAUCAAGUCCUAAAAGUCGAUGAAAAUCAUCCAGACAGUUGUCAAAAUGGGACAACAACUGUAAAUUGUAAAAAUAAUAAUAAUAAUAACAGUAAUAAUGAUACAACUACAAUGAUCAGUAUGAAUUCAUUGGAUAAAUUAAAUGCUACAAAAAAAGAUCCAACACAAUUAUUAGAAACAAUUAGUAGUACUGAAGUAUUCGGUUUAGUACCAUUAUUGUAUUGUCUUUUAUUGGAUCCAAAAAAUAGUAGUCGAACCGCUGAUACAACAGCAUCAACAACAACAACCACAGGAGUUCAUGAUUCACGUCCGACAUUAAAUGGUAUCAUGUCAACAUCAGAAUGUUCUGAGAAAAUCGAUCGUCGUCAAAAAUUGACCAAAACAAAUAAACACUUGUCAGUGAACGGAUUACCAUUCAAUAGUGAAAUUGUAGCACAAAUUAUUUUGAAUACAUUAAAAUUAAUCAAUUCAUUGGCAUCGAUUCAUCAAAAUACUAUGCAGUCAAUUCUUGGCGGUGAAUUAAUAUGCCUUUUAAUGCGACAUAUAUUAAUUAAUCUAUUAACACGUUGUGUUCCACAAGCUAAUCAUUAUUCAAUUCAACAAAUCACUUCCAAUAAACCGCCGCCCACAGUACAUCAUUCUACUACUACCGCUACCACCACUACUACUACUAAAACUGCUGUUACUGUUCGACAACCACAUCAAACAGGAGUUAAAUCGAAAACAUCCAUGAAUAAUAAUCAUAAAAAUAACAAAAUUCAUCAUCGUGUUACUGCCAAUGAUGCUGGUAACGCUGAUGAUGACGACAAGGAUGAUUUGCUUCUUUUACCAAGUGGUACACGUAAAAUCAUUUUAAAACCAAAAUAUCAACAUUCAAAAACUGUCAAUAACAAUGACAUGAAUCAAUGUAAACAACAACAACAAGUGACUGCAUCAACACAACAACUAAUAAAUCAUUCGAAUAAAACUAAUAUUCAAUCGAUCGAUAACAACAAGUUUGCCAAACUCUCUUCAUAUACCAUCAAUGAGUUGAUUUUACAUGAAGUGAUUUUAUGCAUUGGUUAUUUAUGUGUGUUAAAUACAGACAAUCAAACUAGUUUACAAUGUGGACCAUCACCGAAUCUAUUACAACGUCUACUAGCAUUACCAUUUGAAUAUUUCAGUUAUUAUCCAUUGGUCAAUAUUUUAUAUCCAACAUUAAUUGUCUGUUGUUAUCAACAUGAAUUAAACACGAAUGUUUUACAAUCGGAAUUCAGUUUGUCAAUAUUAGCGAAUUAUAUUGAAGAACGUAUACUUGAGCGAAAAGUCAAUUCAUUUGGAAGAAUUGAGAAAAAAUCUAACACUAAUGAAUUUCUAGAUGAACGAUUUAAUUUUGAACAACGUUUCAAUAUAUCCGAAUGGAAUUCUGCUAAAGCUUAUUUCUCAAGAUGAUAAUGACAAUCGAGGGAUGGAGGACGGUGUAAACACACACACACACGUAUAAAUAUCCGUAUACAUAAAUACAUAAGAUUUUUACACACACACACACAUUGAUGAAAUCUUACACAACAGUCUUCUUAAAUAUCAUCAUCAUCAUCAUCAUGUUAAUAAAAAAUGUAAAUUCAAUUCAGUCUUUUAUAAAUGGAAUGAAACAAGGAAGAAGGAGGAGAAGGGGAAGAAAAGACCACCGCCACCAACCACAACAUAAAACUGGAAGAAAAGAAGAAAUCCAUUUCUUUCCCUUCUAAUUUGUGUACAUUUACAAAAAAAAAUAAUUUAUUAUUCAUUUUAAAAAUGAGUUGAUCGAUCGGUGGUAGAUCGAAUCAUUUUCAACACUCUCUGUCUGAUAUGUGAUGUAAUUAUGAUUUCUCUGUUUAUCUCACUAGUUAGUAAUAUCGAAUUCAUUUGUGACACAAGUGUUAGGUGAUUUGACUUUGACUUUUCAUGAACAAUUAAACGAACUAUGAAAUACAUCUUCGGUUUUUGUUUUUUCUUUGAUUUGCCGAAUGUCUUUCAUUCUUUGGCUAACACUCUGUGCUAAUUACUUACUUAGGCCUGUUAUCCCUAGGCCACCGACCAGUAUUCUUCAAACCAACUCUGUCCUAGUUCCUGCCUUUCCAG